AUGGCAGAGGUGUGUACAGGAGCCGGUUCACAACAAGAUCUAACGGAGGAGCCGGAAAGCCAGAGCAAAGGGGAAACUAAGAAAGGGGGUCAUUCUUCAGACCCGGAAACUCUGACAGAAGACAAAGAUAACGUUAAACCCACAGAAGAUAAGAAAUUCGAAGAUCCCGAACAGAAAACUCCAGCAGUUGACUCCCAGUUUGGCGGAUCUAGUGUGUUUAUACGUGACUCUGAAGACGAAGGGGAUUCUGUGGACGCUAUUCCUUAUUACGAAAACAUCGAAAGUGAGGCUUCAGAAGGUUUAGAACAGGAAGAGGAAGAAGAAGAAUUGGAAGUGAAGCCAGAAGUGAUUGAUUCUGAAACGGAUAAAGAGGACGUAGUGGAAGAAUCUGUGGAGGAAAAAGUGGAUGUUUUACAAAGUGAAGCUGUCACCGAGAAGGAAAGUGUUGAAAACGACGAAAUUGCAGACGAGAGAGAAAAUGAAGAGGUAGAAGAAAGUGACGUCAUACAAACGUCAGCUGAAAACGCCACAGUGACAACUGAAAUCGACCAAUCAGAAGAAGAGAUGCCAGGCAGGGAGGAUGAAGUGUUGUCACCCUCGUUGCAAAAAGCCACUUGCCGAUAUAGAUGGGGCAAAACACUGCGCACCAAUUCCCAUGACGUUGUCUUCUUUCCUUCGUAUAAAAUGGAGGAACCCAUCAGACUGACUUGGGACGAAUCAAACGAGUCUUAUUUCUCACCAGAGCUGGAGGUAGCCACGGGGGUGUACCGCGGGAAUCUGGUUAUUGAGGGAAAUACUUACCCUAUAGAGGACGUUGUCAUCAAACACUACACUUUUGAAGCGGAUAUUUACAUCAAAGAAGCCAUAUUGAAGGAAACACACCAAAAAUAUAUCAUUGAAGAUGAAGUUGGAAAAAGUUUGAUCCCAGAGAAGGAUGAAUUGGUAGACACAUACACACAUCAAGGGGAAGAAACAAAUCCAGGAGAAGACAAUAGUGAACAACAGGAGGUGAUGGAAUCCUCUCUCAAUCUCUCCAACAAGUUUGAGGAAUUGGUAAAGAAACAGAUUUCUCAGGAAUCAAGAGAUCGCGAGUUAGAGCCACUCAGCUCAGCAGGACGUAGGACACCGAUUGGAGAUGUCGCUGCGGAACCAUUCCAAGAUGGUGGAGUUAGCACAGUUGUAGAUGAUGUGGUCGAGAGACCACAUUCUCAAUCCUCUGUGAAAAGUUCUGGCUCUGUGUCACAACCUACCACUCAGAAAACAGUGGAGGAAAUUAUUCGAGAAGUCAACAGUGCUUCAAAUAGUGCUGAACUGUACAGCAGUGAGGGGGUAAAAUCUCCUGUGAGGUCAAAUGAAAAUUCUGUCUCUGGCUGUGUUCAUGUUGUUGUGGAGGAUAUAAUAGGAACACAAGACAUGAAGUCUCCUCUUGGUUCUCCCUAUCACUCUACACAGGGAUCACUAAGACAGACCCCUGUAAGAGAUGUGUCAAGGUCACCUCAAAGGUCAGUGGAGGGGUCACUACAAGGCUCAAAUAGACAGACCCCCACAGCAGGGUUUGUAGAUGAUGUUCUAGGGCAGUCAACUCCCAUAAAUAGGUCAGAGCAUGGGUCUGCUAGACAGACUCCUCAGCCAAUGUCUAACCACUCCUCACUGAGGAAUACUCCUCAGCUGAUCAGUGAUGUCCUACAGACAAGUGGAGACAAGUUAUACUCCGCAGGAUCAAUAGGGUCGGGAGGAAGUCGUCCACAGAGUCUGACUAGUGAGCAGGAACUCAAUCAGUACUUUGAAAAAAGUGGCAGUCACCCAGGGUCAGAGAGGUCUGGGUCAAACCGGACGACACCACUGAUUCCAUCACCUAAUGUACGAGCUUCUGAGCGUGCUCACAGCUCAUCCAGUCUGCCUGUCAUCACGACGCAACAGCGACUACAGACGGAAGGAAGGAGCCUGACUCCAGACAAUCACAUCAGAGUUCCCGGGGAGAUAUCACCAGCUCUCAGGGGAGCUAAUCCAGCUGCCAACAGGUCUAAUGUCUCAUCUCGUGCCAGUGACAGAACACUCACACCUGGGGCUGUGGAGAACGGGUAUUCUGAGGAUGCACAGACCCAGAGAAUUCAUGACCUUGAGGACAGUGUAAGAAACCUGAGGAAGUUGCUAAGCGGCCGAGAGACAGAAGUUCAUGACCUCACAUCUCAACUGAAGCAGUUAAAGACCCUGAACCAGCAGCUGACUGAGGAGUUAGAUACGGUCAAGAUGAGGGAACAACGCUCCUCCCCAGCAUUUAGUAAUAUACAGGAGUUGGAGAGGCAAUACAAGCAGGUGCUCAGUGAGAAGGAUAUAAUGGCGGGAGAGAUCGUCAAACUGAGGGAUCAGAUGGAGGAACUGAGGAAAGGGAGGAAUGGACGUCCAGACGGGGAGACCAGCGAGAUGUCACAGGGGAUCAGCUAUAAUCCCAAUAACCCCUAUGUUCUACAGCGGAAAAUAGCUGAUUUGGAGAGCCAGGUCCAGGAUUUACAGGAGGCCAAUGAGACAGCUGUGUCAGAACUCUCCAACACGGAGAGGAAAGUAGAGGAACUACAACGAGCCAACGAAGCCCUGAGAGUGGGGCAGGAAUCUCAGAAUCUGGACCUCCAGGAGGAAAAUCAGAGAUUACAUGAUCAGAUAUCCAAAAUGUAUGAAAAAGGAUAUGGUGGCUCAAGCACUGAAUCAGAACACAGGAUUCAGAUAGAGAUACAACAACUGAGGGAGGAUAACCGAGCUCUGAGAGAGAGGAACUACAAACUCCACGAGGAGAGCAUGCAGGUGAGGGAGGAACUGAUGAAAUUAAAGCAGGAGGGACAGAGAAUGAUUCCCCCACGGGACGUUAGGGUGUCAACACAGGAGGCGAGAACCGUGUCACCAAGGGGCAUUAGGACGUCACCACGAGAAGUCAGGACACCUCUUCACUCCAGGGGAUUCAGUCUGGAAAGGUCUUUAGAUCUAGGAUCAGACAGGUUUUCCAAGGAUAGAACUUUAUCAGGCAGGCUGUCUUUAGAACAAGAAGAUGCUCGACUGCUCAGUAGCAUUCACAGACAGACAGACAACAAAUAUAGCAGAACUGAAGCUGAUACACUUGGUAAAUACAGAAACAGUGAUAUCAAAGACAGUGCUACCAAGGAAGAAAACUACUUUGGUCGCAGUAUUCAAAAGGCAGAAACUAGACUUAGGAGCAGUUUAGAAAGAGCUGAUGCUAAUUUUAGAAAAAUUGCAGAUGGAGAGGAUACAAAGCCCAGAUUUGAUAGAUUUUCAAGACUUAGCAGCAGUUUAGAUAGACACACAGACAGACAUAAAUAUGACCUUGAGGAUAAACCCAGAUCUGAAGGUUAUAGGACAGGCCCAGAGGGUGGGGAUAGGGAACCAGUGCCAGCCACACUACCUCGUUAUAAUGCAGCUAGACAAUCGGAGUAUAACCAGCUAGGCAGGGAAAGGUCAAGGACACCUGAUAACACCGUCACCAUAGAAACAGAGUGGCAUAAGUACGACAGAGAGAGAAGCAGAAGAAAUGAGAUUCCUCCCAGUAAAUCAUGCACUGAGCUUUCCAAACCAUCAUAUACAGAACCUUCUUAUAAGGAACUGGAGAGGAACACAUACCAACAGGAAUACAAAUCUACCCCAAACUUUGCUGAUAAAAACAGAGAAUGGUCACGAUCAGAGGCAGAUCUUAGGCAUGCUCACUUUACCUAUAGAGGGCGCUCCAGAACGCCUGACCCACGGAUGUCAGGGCGAAGGUCGCCCUCUCCUGGGUACGUGGAUCUUCCAUCAACUUCAACCUAUCAGCGCACCAAAUAUCACUUUGACCACACCCCUCGACCUAGAUUAGACCACGCCCCUCGGCCUAGAUUAGACUGGGAUGAGGAACCUAUUCCACCACGCCCAUCCUCGGCACUGUCAGAACGCAGCAAUAAUACAGACUAUCUGACGGGUACCUACCACAAACCCACCAACCCAGCACUCUCUGUAUACCAGUCCAGCUACCAGGAAAGAGGAUAUGAUGGAAUGAGGAAAUCAGGUCUUUACCAGGACGGGGAAGAAAGCGACACUGGUACCGAUAUCCUGGUGAACACGAAGCUUCAAGAAGUCUCCCCACGUCUCUCCCCCACCAGUCCAGAGCCCCAGCACCGACGGUCUGUCACUCAUCAGUAUAGUUACCAGCGGAGACGGGACUCCCUGGGAUCGGAGGGAUCGGACGAGGAGAUGGAGCCGUCAUAUUCUAAACACCCGAGAUCCAAAUCAGCUGAUGGAAGAGAAUUAUUGAGGAGUUCCCUCACCAUGGGUACAGAAAGGUCAGGACCCUUUGGAACAGAGAGGUCAUUGGUUAUGCUGACCCAACCAGUGGAUAGGACCCUCAAUAAGAGAAAUCCUGCACCCCCUACUGCAAACCUCCGAACCAUCACUCCUAGUGUACUUACUACUCAACAUAACAGAAACAUGCUAGCGGCUUCAAAUAGUUCUCUUGCACCACUGACAACUGGGAUGAAGCCCUUUUCUCCCCGUUCCCCUGGUGACAUAAAUUUAGAGGAUGUUGUGAAAUUCUCCAGAGCUGGUGGGAAACUAAGUCAAGGAUCCGUGAAAUUUGUUGGACAUUUACCAGGUCGUAGUGAUGCAUAUUUAGGGGUUGAGUUAGACAAAGAAGACGGAAAACAUGAUGGAAAAUUUGAGGGAAUGAGAUACUUCCGAUGCAAACCUAACAAGGGAGUGUUUGUAGCUUUCAACAAAGUUGUAAUGGCCUGGACGAGAUGAUGUUUACUGCAGAUAUGAGAGUUAUGUCCCUUCGUAAAACCUAUAACAAAAGACUAAAAAGCCAUACUUUAUUUUACCAUUGUUUUUAAUUCACACAAUGUCCGUCCAUUAGAUAGACACUCAGAACAACUUGCAGAGCUUUUGUUUAAGUUUAAUAUUCAUUUUGCCAUAUCAUUUUUACAUCUGUUUUGAAAACUAUAUUUUAUUAAUAAAAAGAAUAUUUUUAUUGUCUGUAGAUAUUUUAUUAUAUUUAUUGUCAUUCAUUUUUUUUUUGUAUAUAAUU